UCCUAUAGUAAGCAAGUGUUUACAAAUUGGUGAUAUCGAUGUACAGUGUUGCUUACUCUGCGUACUUAACCUAGAAUAUUUUCUCAACGCGUGUCGUGAAAAUUCACAGCGAUUAAUUUACAUAGUAAUCAAGAGAGUAAAAAGCAAAGAAGAUACACUUUGGUAUUACUUUUUUAGUUCGUGCCAUAUUUUUUCCAAGCGGUCGCUUUAUAAAACUUGAUAGUUCCUCGUGAUGAAGGAAGAACCGCGUGAUAAUUGGCCAGGUGUGGAUGACGAUUGUAAUUUCGAUUCGGUUGACUUUUGCAAAGUAAAAGACUUAGAAAAAUUAAACGAAAAUAACACGAAUGAAGUUACGGCGUCACAGGAAAAGUUAACUGAAAAAAUAAUCGUAGAUUGUGAGUGCGAAGGUGUUGAAACUGAGCUGAAGUCUUCAUCGGCCACCAUCUGCAAAACUGAGCGUCAAAAUUAUCAACCUAGCGUGAAAAUAGAAAAUGAAAAUCGGAUAAAUGACAUAAAUCAAAAGAUAUUGAUUGAUUUUGAGUGUAAAGGUGUUAAGCUUGAACAUAAGCCUUUAUCGACAACAAUAUGCAAAACUGAAUAUCCAAAAUACCCAUACAUUGCGAAAAUAGAAAACCAAAUUCAGACUAAUAAUUUGAAAGAUAAAGAUGUGAUAACUUUGAUAGAAAAAGAAAUCGAUUACGAAAAUAAAUAUCAAUUUCGAGUAGGAGAAGAAGCGAGAGUAAAAAGAUCCAUCAAAACAUCACACAGAAGCAAUGGACCAUAUAAAUGUGACUAUUGUCAUAAAUCAUUUGGAUACAAAUUUAACUUAAAACCUCACAUAAAAGCAGUACAUGAUCGUAUCAAACCGAUUGAGUGUAAUAUUUGUCAUAAAUCGUUCGGAUUCCAGAGCGAACUCAAAAGACACUUAAAUGCAGUGCAUAAUCGUAUCAAACCCUUCGAAUGUGAUAUUUGUCACAAAUUAUAUGGUCGCAAGGAUACCCUUAAAGCUCACAUAAAUGCAGUGCAUGAUCGUAUCAAACCCUUCGAAUGUGAUAUUUGUCACAAAUCAUUUUCAUUCAAGGGUAAUCUCAACCAACACAUAGACGCAGUACAUUAUCGUAGCAAACCCUUUGAGUGUGAGAUUUGUCACAAAUCAUUUAGACAAAAAUGUCACCUUAAAUGCCACGUAAAUGCAAUACAUUAUCGUAUCAAACCCUUCGAGUGUGACAUUUGUCACAAAUCAUUUGGACAAAAAGGUGCUCUCCAAAUUCAUAUAAAUGCAGUACACGAUUGUAUCAAACCUUUCGAUUGUGGAAUUUGUAACAAAUCAUUUGGACAAAAAGAUAGCCUCCUAAUUCAUAUAAAUGCAGUGCAUUAUCGAAGCAAGCCCUUCGAAUGUGAGAAUUGCCACAAAUCAUUUGGACUCAAAGGGACCCUCAAAGCUCACAUCAAUGCAGUUCAUAAUCGCAGCAAACCAUUCGAAUGUGAGAUUUGUCAUAAAUCAUUUGGACAAAGAUCUAACCUCAAUACUCACGUUAAUACAGUACAUGAUCGGAGCAAACUCUAGCAGAAUAAGAUUUGUGCAGAGGCGUUUGGAUGGAAGUCUACAUUCACAUGUUAACAAUAGGUCAUUUUCAAUGGU